AUGGCGCUGGGCCGCGUCCCCUCGCCGGGCCCGGAUCUCCCGCGGCGCGAAGAGCCGCCGCCGCCGCCCUGCCUGCUGGUGGGCGACUCCCAGCCCGGCUCAGCCGCCGGAGGCGCCCCGGCGACAUCAGGCCUCGCCCUGCCGCCGCCGCCGCCGGAUGAGGCAGUGGUGGCAGAUGCCCCUGCGUGUGCUCCCCACCGUCUGUGCGUGGAAGAUUCUGGCACAUCGCAGCUGGGCUUUGGUGCCCUGGAACUCUCCCAAAGCCAGGAGCUAGAGAGCACUGGGACAGCAGGCGGUGUGGACAAGGGGCAGGCGCGGUCCACAGACAUGGCUUUGGAAGAAGAGGAGGAGGACUCCAAAGCUUCAACUGGUGGCAGUAGCGUGUCCAAGGUAGAAGAUGCCGGUUCUCUAACACUUACUCCUGUUGAUUCUCUGCAUGUCCUUCACCUCUCUGGCCAGGGUCCUCUUUUCACUGGCGCUUCUGGUGUUGCUGUACCUUCUCCUGACAGUUCGCAGUUCAUCCCUCUCAUUGUCCCAAGAAGCCCAACGGAACAGUCGACAGAUGGAAAGGAGCAAAAGGAGUCAUUGGAUGCAAAGGCUGCAGGGCUUCCUCAGGCCUCCACUCCUGUCACCCACAGCGUCCCUUCUGUUUCUGCGGGAUUGAUUCCUAUACCGUCACAGCCAGAGUUUUCCCAUGACACCUUCCUCCCAACUCCAAGCUGGCAGGAUGGGCCGGAGACACAAGCAGAGACAGGAGAUAUCUCUGAAGCCCUGGAGAAAGCGACUGCAGUAUCUUCAACAGAGGACCGCUUGAAAGCUUGUACGUUGGUGCUCUCUGCUAGUGAACACAGCCAAGUCGCUAAGGCCAAGGGCAGAGCUCUUCAGGUGGAGGAGAAGGGUUUGGUUGCAGGUGAUGUUCCAGUGGAGCUUAGUAGCAGCAUGCAGCAGGGGCUUAGCAAGAACGGCCAAGCCUGGCAUGCCCAGACAAAGAGUAGCUCCUUCACUGUCCCAGUUGGGGCUGGCGAUGGGGCUGGGACCAGUCCUGGAAAUCAGCCUUGUCAAGGGCGCCUCUUGGGGAAAGGGUCUUUGGAAUAUGAAGCUAUUCCAGAGAUGCCCAAUGAGGAGCAGAGAGAAACAAAAUUAUCGAGUGAUGAAGGAUCUUCCUUCCACUUGUUGCUUUCUCAAGAACCGUCCCUUUGCCAGGAAGACCAGGCAGCGAGACAAACGGAAUCUGCUGCAGCUUCAGCCAGACAGUCCUCUCAAAAUCUGCCCCAGGGGACUCAAAACAUGGAAGGCUUAAAAAAAGACUCCUUGGAGGAAGCUGAGGCUACUCAAGAAGGGCAGAACGUGUUCCUGCAGGCAGGUGCUGGGAUGCUGAAGUGGUGCGAUUCCCAGCCCCAUCCUGGCACGGACAGUAAGAGGAGCCCGGAGAGGGUGGGUGUUCCCCCAGUCUUGUCUCUGCCUGCUGAAAUCUCUGCAGGCAGAAGUAGCGAGGAAUGCUGUGCGGAGGAGGCGGCACGAGGUGAAGAGGGCAAGGGCCUUCUGCAGGAGGUGAUGAGAGCCAGGCAAGGUGGCCUGCCGGAGAGCAAAGCUGACGUGGAGCCUGUUGCCAUGCUGGAGGGCCAGCUGACUCCUGAGAGAAGCCUGCCACUGCCUGGGAAAGGGGAGGAGGUAUCGACAGCGACUCUGCAGCAGAGGGCCUGUCCAGUGAAUUCAGACAGACAUGCGGAGAGCCAGGAGGAGGAGUCAAGUGAACUGGCGGAAGAGAAGCAGCUGCAAGAAAAAGCAUCUAACGUUCCGGCUGGCCUACCUGCUGAAACUCCGUUCCGCUUCACUUUGCUGAAGGAGGGCGCAUCCCUGACGGGCAUCACCCCACCGCUCACUGACCAGCUUAAAAAGGGCCCCAGGCGACACAGCACUCCUAUUGUGAUUGGAAACUGCCCGGACAGCACCAUAGCAACCAGUGAUGUCACAGCUGAGGGUGCCAGUGAUGUCACAAUGGAGAGCACUGUUGCUUCGGCUGAGAUGGAGGGAAGCCACAAAGGGGAUCCUGCGGCUGCCUGUAAAGAUGGAGGGAAGCUCUCGUUGCGCAUGAACCUCACAACCCCGGUCACCGAGGAGAGUGAGUCUCUCCCCUUCAGCCUGGAGAGUAAGAGACACAAACCUGUGGCCAGUGAAAGGAAGAAUGAAUCAGUUGCUGGUGCUGUAGCCAGUUCCAAGAAGACACCGUCUCUGUUCACUCGGAUCUGUGAAGCCCAACAAGAGGACAGGAUUCAAGGACCAGAAUUACCUUGUUCACUGAUCAGGGGUGAGCUGUUCAAUUUUCCAAGUUCUCAGGAAGAGGAGGAGCAACCCAGAAAAUGUCAAAGCCAACAGACUCUGGAGCCCCUGAGUGGUGGGCAGGUCUUGGACUUGAAACCAGGUGUUAAGCAGCCAGUGAGCCGUGUGGCUGAGGGAGAAGUCAUGCAGGUGGCCGCUGCAGGAGCUCGGGAGGAGGAAGGAAGCAGAGCCUGGAAGAUGCCCGGUUCAGCACUCCCUACAGGAGGAAAUGAAGAAGACCAAGUACUUCCAUUUGGCAAAAGCAGCAAAGGUGUCCAGACUGCAGCAGCUGCAUUUCUCUGUGAUCCAUCAGCCUUUGUAUCAACAGCUACACAGACUGCAUCUUGCGGUCAGGUGGAAGUGGGAACCAGUAUGGCUGGGUUGAAGUCCACCAGCGAUCUCGAGAAGGAGCUACGACCCCCAGACAACCAGAGUGAAGAAUUGGAUUUCCCCCCCUUGCCUCCUGGCAAAGUCUUGCGGCGCCACAUCCGAACAAUCCGUGAAGUGCAUACGGUCAUCACACGGGUGAUCACGGACGUCUACUACAAGGACGGGGUGGAAGUAGAACGCAAAGUGGUCGAGGAGACUGAAGAGCCCACGGUGGAGUGCCAGGAGUGUGACGUGGAUGCCUCUCCCUCCCGGACAGGGGGCUCUUCAUUCACUUCUGGAGACCUCGGAGACAUCAGCUCCUUUUCCUCCAAGGCCUCAGGCCUCCAACGCUCGUCCAGUGGAGGAAGCAGCAGCUUGUCAGUUAUGCCUAGUGCUGCAAGCUCUGGGCGUGGAGCAGGGCUCUUCAAAGGGGGAGCAUGCAGAGGGGCAGAAUCCGGAGGCUUGAUCUUCCCUGGGGUCAAGAAGCUGAGCCCUAAGAAAGGGGGUGGCCAUUCUCCACUCCAGCCUGAUGAUGGGGCACCAUGUGAGGAGGAAGAGCCCGGCCUCAGCCAUCAGCAGGUUGGGAGAGUGCCUCUUUCACCCCGUGGGCGAGGGAGGCGUGGCCGGCCCACCUCACGAUCAGCUGGAACGAGGUUUGUUAUCAGGAGUGGUCUGCCGGCUGUGGAAGAUCUCUCAACAACAGCCUUGCUGAAAGAGAAGCUGAACUCUCACAUCACGGGUUGCCCCGUGGAGGGGCAGGAGUCGGCGGAUGCCUCUCUGCGCCGCAGCGACUCCCCUGAGAUCCCCUUGCAAGAAGGGCUGGCCACCCCUGACGCUGCUGGGCUCUCCUCCUCUGGGAACAGCUUUGUGGGCCUCCGGGUUGUGGCCAAGUGGUCCUCGAAUGGCUACUUCUAUUCUGGGACCAUCACACAGGAUGUGGGAGGCGCCAAGUACAAGCUGCUCUUUGAUGACGGCUACGAGUGCGAUGUUAUGGGCAGAGAUAUCCUGUUGUGUGACCCCCUCCCGCUGGAGACGGAGGUGACUGCCCUCUCGGAAGACGAGUACUUCAGCGCAGGAGUAGUGAAGGGACACCGUCAGGAGGCUGGGCAGCUCCUGUACUGCGUGGAGAAAGAUGGGCAGCGGAAGUGGUAUAAACGGACAGCUGUCAUUCUCUCAUUGGAGCAAGGGAACAGGCUCCGGGAGCAGUUUGGACUUGGCCCCUAUGAGCCCAGCACACCCCUGACCAAGGCAGCAGACAUCAGCCUAGAUAACCUGGUGGAGGGGAAACGGAGGAGACGCCACAACCUGGGCCCUGCCAGCUCCUCGGGCAGCACGACGCCAACGCGCAAGGGCCCCGAGAGUCCUCAGCCAGCUCACAGGCUGCUGUCCGGCAAGAGGAAGCUGAUGGCCUCUGAAGAAGAGAGGUCCCCGGCCAAGCGAGGGCGGCGGUCAGCUGCCACCACAUCCGGGGAGGUGACUGGUCUGCCCAGCAAUAAAGACUCUGGAGACCUCUUGGCCUUUGAUCAGCGAUGGGGGCCUCUGCCCCACAACAAGACCCUCUUUCUGGGGUACGCGUUUCUCCUCACAAUGGCAAAUCCCAGUGAUAAACCCUCCAGCUGCCAAAAGUCUGCAGCGAGCAGUGAAGAGGAGGAAGAAUUCUCGGAGACGGCUCCUUUCAACAAACACUACAUUGAGUUACAGCUGCAAAUGGGAGGUGGUUUCAUUCUGGAGGAUUUCAAUGAAAGCCAGUGCCGCGCAGCCCAUCAGUGUCUCCUGAUCGCUGAUCAGCACUGCCGCACCCGGAAGUACUUUCUGUGCCUUGCACGAGGAAUCCCAUGUGUUUCUCACCUCUGGGUUCAUGACAGUUGCCAUGCCAACCAGCUUCAGAACUACCGUAAUUACCUGUUGCCAGCUGGCUAUAGUCUGCUGGAGCAGAGACUGCUGGAGUGGCACCCCCGAGAGGGCCUGUUCCAUAAACUGAAGGUGCUUCUUGUAUCGAAUGAUCAGCGGGACUUCCUGGAACUUUGGGCUGAAGUUCUCAUGACUGGGGGAGCAGCUUACAUUAAGAAACAUCAGUCCAACACGUGGAGUGAAGAUGUUGGUUUGGGUGUCUUUGACGUGGUGGUGACCGACAGUUCCUGCCCAGCAGCCAUCUUGAAAUGUGCAGAAGCCUUACAGCUGCCUGUGGUCAGCCAAGAGUGGAUCAUGCAAAGCCUGGUCGCGGGGGAAACGGUUGGCUUCCAGCACCCACAGUAUCGGCUGGGGCCUGGCCCCUCUUGA